CGCUCGGGAGGGGACAGAACUGGAGGAGUUAGGUGUGGGGUGCAUUGGUUUGGUGGAGAGACCGUGUCUGGAGCAAGUGGGUCUGAUCGGGCUGGUGUUGCACUGAACAGACAGCCCUAGGUCUGGUGGAGAGAAUCCCAGACUGUGAGACCCGCCUUCCCAGGCCCGGGCCCCUCCCAGUUCCCCCAGCGACUGCCGCUUCCUGGUCCCGACGCAACCAUGGCUGAAGAACAACCCCAGGUCGAAUUGUUCGUUAAGGCUGGCAGUGAUGGGGCCAAGAUUGGAAACUGCCCCUUCUCCCAGAGACUAUUCAUGGUGCUCUGGCUCAAGGGAGUCACCUUCAACGUCACCACUGUUGACACCAAGAGGAGGACUGAGACAGUGCAGAAACUGUGCCCAGGAGGGCAGCUACCAUUCCUGCUGUAUGGUACUGAAGUACACACAGAUACCAACAAGAUCGAGGAAUUUCUGGAGGCAGUGCUGUGCCCUCCCAGGUAUCCAAAGCUGGCAGCUCUGAAUCCUGAGUCCAACACAGCUGGGCUGGAUAUAUUUGCCAAAUUUUCUGCCUAUAUCAAAAAUUCAAACCCAGCACUCAAUGAUAAUCUGGAGAAGGGGCUCCUGAAAGCCUUAAAGAUUUUAGACAAUUACUUGACAUCCCCGCUCCCAGAAGAAGUGGAUGAGACCAGUGCUGAAGAUGAGGGCAUCUCUCAGAGGAAAUUUCUGGAUGGCAAUGAGCUCACCCUGGCUGACUGCAACCUGUUGCCAAAGCUCCACAUAGUACAGGUGGUGUGUAAGAAGUACAGGGGAUUCACCAUCCCUGAGGCCUUUCGGGGAGUGCAUAGGUACUUGAGCAAUGCCUAUGCUCGGGAAGAAUUCGCCUCCACCUGUCCAGAUGAUGAGGAGAUCGAGUUGGCCUAUGAACAAGUGGCCAAGGCCCUCAAAUAGGCAAUUUCUCGGGCUCCCUCACCGCAGUCUAUGUUCUUCACAGAGGCCCAAAGCGGUUUCCACUUUGCAACCCAUGGACACACUCCAAAAUGGCUAGUGGGCAGAGAAUCCUGGGGCACUUGUGCAGGACUUGGGGAAGGGUGGGGUUCAUGGGGGGGAGAC